UCGGGUGCGCCGCUGAACGGAUGGCAGGGGGAGCAGAGUGGUUUCCUGAGGAGCAUCCGUGGGGCAUUUGAAUAUCGUCAGUUGCUACCCAUUGAUGUCAAGAUGACUAAGCUUGGAUUUUUGCGAUUGUCCUAUGAGAAGCAGGACACACUUCUAAAGCUUCUCAUCCUGUCAAUGGCUGCUGUGUUAUCUUUCUCUACUCGUCUCUUUGCUGUGCUGAGAUUUGAAAGCGUCAUCCAUGAGUUUGACCCGUACUUUAAUUAUCGGACUACCCGGUUUCUGGCUGAGGAGGGGUUUUAUAAAUUCCAUAACUGGUUUGAUGACCGGGCUUGGUACCCUUUGGGCCGAAUCAUUGGAGGAACAAUUUACCCAGGCUUAAUGAUCACGUCUGCUGCAAUCUACCAUGUCCUCCAUUUCUUCCACAUCACCAUUGACAUCCGGAAUGUCUGUGUCUUCCUGGCCCCUCUCUUCUCCUCCUUCACCACCAUUGUUACGUACCACCUUACCAAAGAGCUCAAGGAUGCAGGAGCCGGGCUUCUUGCUGCUGCCAUGAUUGCUGUAGUUCCUGGGUAUAUUUCUCGAUCUGUAGCUGGCUCCUAUGAUAAUGAAGGAAUUGCUAUCUUUUGCAUGCUGCUUACUUACUUCAUGUGGAUCAAGGCAGUGAAGACUGGUUCCAUCUAUUGGGCUGCCAAGUGUGCCCUUGCUUAUUUCUACAUGGUCUCGUCAUGGGGAGGCUAUGUGUUCCUGAUCAACUUGAUCCCUCUUCACGUCCUGGUGCUAAUGCUUACAGGCCGCUUUUCUCACCGGAUCUAUGUAGCCUACUGUACUGUUUACUGCCUCGGCACCAUUCUUUCUAUGCAGAUCUCCUUCGUUGGUUUCCAGCCUGUCCUUUCAUCAGAACACAUGGCAGCCUUUGGAGUGUUUGGUCUCUGUCAGAUCCAUGCUUUCGUGGAUUACCUGCGCAGCAAGUUGAAUCCACAGCAAUUUGAAGUUCUUUUCCGGAGUGUUAUCUCUCUGGUUGGCUUUGUCCUCCUCACCGUGGGAGCUCUCCUCAUGCUGACAGGAAAAAUCUCUCCCUGGACGGGGCGUUUCUACUCUCUGCUGGACCCCUCGUACGCUAAGAAUAACAUCCCCAUUAUCGCCUCCGUGUCCGAGCACCAGCCCACAACCUGGUCCUCCUACUAUUUUGAUCUACAGCUCCUUGUCUUCAUGUUUCCAGUCGGCCUGUAUUACUGCUUUAGCAACCUGUCCGAUGCUCGGAUUUUUAUCAUCAUGUAUGGUGUGACCAGCAUGUACUUCUCAGCUGUCAUGGUGCGUCUAAUGCUGGUGUUGGCACCUGUUAUGUGCAUUCUUUCUGGCAUUGGUGUCUCCCAGGUGCUAUCUACAUAUAUGAAAAAUCUGGAUAUAAGCCGCCCAGACAAGAAGAGCAAGAAGCAACAGGAUUCUACUUACCCUAUUAAGAAUGAGGUGGCAAGUGGGAUGAUACUGGUCAUGGCUUUUUUUCUCAUCACCUACACGUUUCAUUCGACUUGGGUAACCAGUGAAGCCUAUUCUUCUCCUUCCAUUGUAUUGUCUGCUCGUGGUGGGGAUGGCAGUAGGAUUAUUUUUGAUGACUUCCGAGAAGCAUAUUAUUGGCUUCGUCACAAUACUCCAGAGGAUGCAAAAGUCAUGUCAUGGUGGGAUUAUGGCUACCAAAUUACUGCAAUGGCAAAUCGGACAAUUUUAGUGGACAAUAACACAUGGAAUAAUACCCAUAUUUCUCGAGUAGGGCAGGCAAUGGCAUCCACAGAGGAGAAAGCCUACGAGAUCAUGAGGGAGCUGGAUGUCAGCUACGUGCUCGUCAUUUUCGGAGGCCUCACCGGGUACUCCUCUGACGAUAUCAACAAGUUUCUCUGGAUGGUCCGGAUCGGAGGAAGCACAGAGACAGGAAGACACAUCAAGGAGAAUGACUACUAUACUCCAACUGGGGAAUUCCGUGUUGAUCGGGAGGGCUCUCCAGUGCUGCUCAAUUGCCUUAUGUACAAAAUGUGUUACUACCGGUUUGGGCAGGUCUACACAGAAGCCAAGCGUCCACCAGGCUUUGACCGUGUUCGAAAUGCUGAGAUUGGUAAUAAAGACUUUGAGCUUGAUGUCCUGGAGGAAGCAUAUACCACAGAGCAUUGGCUGGUCAGGAUAUACAAGGUAAAGGACCUGGAUAAUCGAGGUUUGUCAAGGACAUAAGUGUCACAGUGUGCCCUGACACGCUUCGCACUGAGUGCUUCAGUUGAGGACGCUGAAGAAUUUUUUUUUUUAUAUGCAGUUUAUAAGAACAGCCGGAUGGGAUUAGAAUUGUCUGGAAGUUUUGCCCUGGACAGUAUGGGCUGGGCCAAGUGAAAUGAUUUUUAUAAUUCUGAGCAGGUUACCAAAUGAAAUGUUAUGGCUUUACUUUGGUCAAUUAAAAGGGGGGGGAUUUUUUUUUUAAAUGUGCCUUAUUUGUUUUGACUUAAAUUGGCUGAUACAAGGAGCACAGAAGUGAACGGAUGGAAGACCGUAUCCAUGCUCUAGGUCCCUAAAUGAACUAAACAGAAGCAUUCUUUCUCCUAUCAGCAAACUCAAGGACUAGCUCUGGUUCUACAAAUGCAAACAACUGUGUCACACUUUUUCGUUUCUUAGCACCCAGGUACAAGUCUUUCCAUAUAAUGGGUGCUUAAUACAUUUUUAUCAAAUGAAUAAAUGUUUCUGGGACCAGAGGAGUACUGUUUCUGGGCAAGAAAGACAGCUUUCUUGCUGUUAUGUCUAUGUUUUCGAUGUCUAUUUCUUUAGAAGCUCUUUGGCUUUAUAAGGACAGAAAAUUGCUGGGUAUUCCUGAUCUCUCCAGUAUCCUUUCAAACUAAUGACAGUUAUUUUUCAAAGCAGAAAUGUGAACCAAAAGUGACUAGUCCAGUAGUUCUUAAGACUCAGUGAAACAUAUCAAUCUUAGAGGAAGGUUGAUGAUCAGUAGAGGUUUCUGGAAUCAGAUGUAAUUAUGUAUGAAAUUUAGGUAUUCAAUACUUCACUAAACUAAAACACAGUAAAUGGCUCUUUGCUCAUUUCCUUUAGACUGCACUAAAUCUCUUAGGGUUAUCCACCGUGAACUUCUGUUUUUCUUAGUGUUAGUCCGCUGUGUUCAUAUACCACUUGAGGCUUGAUUACUUGGUUUUGAAUCCCUUGCUAAAUAUAUACUUAGGAAGUGGGAAGUACUGCUACGAGCGGGUACUUUGAUAUCGUUGCCAGUCUGACUGCAAGAAGAGACUUUAAAAAUGUUUUAACUUCAAAGCACAGAGAUCCCAUAGAUAUUUUGUGUCAAGAUAAAUAGCUUUCUGUUCUGUACAAUAGGAUAUUUCAUGUAUUUUACAACAUAGGACAUAAUCACUGAUGUAUAUAAACCAUCUUAAGAUAAUUAUAGUGUUUCUAUUUAAGAAGACAGGAGGUAUAUAUGACUCUUAGCCACAUUGGUACUCAGUGCUUACAUGCUUAGGUGUACUUGUGUACCUAAGGGCUUCUCCUUCAAACCAGUUUAUAUACUGUGUAUUUUAACUGUGGUUGAAAUUUAGAUUUAACAGAUGAUUUGAUAUCCUAUAUGUAAAUACACUAUUUGAUUUAUAUACAGAACUACUACCUAGUGGGAAAGGUUAACCUGAGACUUAUCAGUAUGAUUAAUAUUACAGGUUAUUAGUAAGCUUUCUCUGUAGCAUAAAUGUGAUACCCCCUUUUCAUAUCA